UGGCAGUCAGCUAAUACUCCAAGUAUGCUCCAACGCACCGCCGUCCGUGCCGCCCGCGCCGCCACGCCUUCCAGCCUCCGUGCCUUGUCGACGGCUGCGUCGGACUUGAAGCUCCAAACCUCGACGACCGCCAAGAACGUCAAGUACUUCAAGAUCUACCGCUGGGACCCUGAGUCCAAGGAGAAGCCGUACUUGUGCACGUACCCCGUGGACUUGAAUGAAUGCGGGCCCAUGGUGUUGGAUGCGUUGAUCAAGAUCAAGAACGAACAAGACCCGACCUUGACGUUCCGCCGCUCAUGCCGUGAAGGUAUCUGCGGGUCGUGCGCGAUGAACAUUGACGGCGGCAACACGUUGGCAUGCCUGAGCCCCAUCGACAAGAAGAAGGACACGACCAAGAUUUACCCGUUGCCGCACAUGUAUGUGAUCCGCGACUUGGUCCCCGACAUGAACAACUUUUACGCGCAAUACAAGUCGAUCAAGCCGUGGUUGCAGUCGGAUGUGGUCAAGUCGGACAACACCGAGUACCUGCAGUCGAAGGAGGACCGCAAGAAACUUGACGGCAUGUACGAGUGCAUCUUGUGCGCAUGCUGCAGCACGUCGUGCCCAAGUUACUGGUGGAACCCCGACAAGUACCUUGGUCCGGCCGUGCUCAUGCAAGCGUAUCGCUGGAUCGAAGACUCGCGCGACACGAAGACCCUCGAGCGCCUCGAAGACCUGAACGACGCGUACAAGUUGUACCGUUGCCACACCAUCAUGAACUGCACCAAGACAUGCCCCAAGCAUUUGAACCCGGCCAAGGCCAUCGGCAAGAUCAAGAAGAAACUCGCCGUCUUGCAUUAAGCUCGUCCCAUGAAAGAAUAGAGCGUCCUAUCUCCUCGACCUCC